GUGAACCUAUUACGUUUCAAUUGUUUGUUUGUUGCAAAAAAAUGACCAAGAAAGACGAAAAUGUUAACUCUUAUCUGUUUCACAGGCGUUAUCAAACCUAACCCAAAUUGUGAAACGGUUCCGCUGGGAAGUCCGUUGGUCAAUAUUAGCAUAAAUUGUUUGCCAUAGGCCAAUCAGAUUGACGAUAUCUGGACUACAGAGGCGUCCCUAGAAAGAGACUUGCAUGUUUCUCGUUUCCGUACACGACCUGGACGAACGUUACACGGGGAAGCGGCAGAGUGGAACCCUGUAAAUACAACGGAACCCAACACAGGCCGAAGCGAGUCAGUCGGGUCGUAACUGUUGAUCGAUUCGCACGUCGGGCACCGUGAUCUUUCCACCGGCAAAAAUACACACGCAGCAGGCCUUCCUUGCUUUUUGUCAACUGAACGUGACAUUUUAUUUAAUCGAUUAUCACGCAUCACGGGGAUCUUGUGAACUAGGUCGAACUUUUGCGACGAAUCGACAUUACCGGUGGACCGUGGUAUUUGAGUGUACACGGUUGGUAGGAGAAGGACGCGACAUUUGAAAGACGUAGAAGGACUUGGGGACAUCUCAGAAGCAAUGGCGACUGCACUGUUACUCCUGGGCCUCAUAGCCACUUGCUUCGGUCAGAUGAGGUACCCGGAUGACGAUUCGUUGAACAGCACUCCCGUUCCUACCAGAAUUCGUCAGUUUUCGACAAAUGAAAAAGUUGGCACUGAAGCGAAUCGACAGCAACAAUUCUACUCAACGCAAACAGCAUCGUCUAGUCGAAUAGUAUAUCCCGAGACUCCGCGAAGAUAUUGGCCUCGGAAGAAUUCGCGCAAAGGAGGAUUUGUCGCAAAGCGAACAGCAUCGGCUGGACUAAUGGCAUUUGAUGCAGCGCGUACAACAUCAACUGGACCAAUAGUAUUUCCCAACGAUUCACAACAAUAUGCGCUUCAGACGAAUCCGCAAGGCCCUUUGAAUAUGUUGCGACGAUAUAACGUAACGCAAAUAACAUCGGCUAUACCAAUGGCAUUUGCCGCAGCGCGUACAAUGUCAACUAGACCAAUAGUAUUUCCUAAGGAUUCACAACAAUAUUCGCCUCAGACGAAUCCGCAAGGCCUUCCGAACAUGUUACAAGAAUAUGGCGCAACGCGAACAACAUCAAUUAGACGAAUGGAAUUUCCCGCGUAUCCGCAACAACAUCGGUCUCAGGAGAAUUCGGGUGUCCCUUUGAUCGCGUUGCAGAGACCUGACGCAACGCAAACAACAUUGUCUGGACCGAUAGUAUUUCCUGAGGUUCAAUAUCCGGAUCAGGCGGAUUUGUUUAACCCUAAGAACGCGUUGCAAGACUGGGGUGAACAUGUGAACGACAUCAUCGUUAAUGGAGUAUUGAAGUUUGCCCUGGAUGUAGAACGAGAGAUUUAUAGAACUCGAAGCAUACCCAUGAUCAAGAAACAAGACAACAUCAUUUUUUCACCGAUCAGCCUUACCGUGGCAUUGGCAAUCAUUCUUGCAGGCUCUGCUGGCAGAACAUUCGACGAGGCGACCAAAGUUCUUGGACUCGAAGCUGGAGUCGAUAUCUCGCGAAACUCUGAGAUCGUACAUCAGAUGUUUGGUAUAAUGUUGAAACAACUGGAUAAUAAAAUGAUGGGAAACCCUGGACCACGAAUAGAUUUCGCUACAGCGACAUACGUGCAGGAUGGGUUUCCGAUAUUAACACAAUUUAAAGCACUCAGUAACGAAGUUUAUCAGACCGAAGUAAUCAACGUAGACUUUGCUAGAAAUGCAAACGGGGCUGAGAAGAUGAUAAAUGCGUGGUUAAAGGAGAAGACAAUGGGCAAAAUAACAAAUAUCCUGAACGGACCACCUAGUCCCGAUACCAUGAUGAUCCUUCUAUCGGCUCUUUAUUUCAAUGGAGAAUGGAACCAAUACUUCUUCGACGGAGCUACGAAAAGAAGACCAUUUUCCGUCGAACCAAACGAGUCAGUUGACGUCGAUAUGAUGUACAAUGGAGGCACGUUUCCUUUUUAUGAAGACAAACAAUUAGGGGUGAAAAUUCUUGGCUUACCAUACAAGGGUCAUGAGUUGUCGAUGUACGUCCUUCUUCCUAAAGCUCCUGGUGCAAAAGCUCUUCGAGAAUUUGCAAACAAAUUAACAGUCGAUAUGAUCGAAAAUUUGGUUAGGAACACGAAAAACGAAACAUGUAUUAUUGGAUUUCCGCGAAUGAAGCUGUCCAGUAGCAUAAGCUUGAAGACCACGCUUGAAUCGUUAGGCCUACGUUCACUGUUCAAUCCAGCAUUGGCCGACUUGAGUCUCCUAUCUCAAAUAAACAAUAGAAAUAUUGAAAAUACCACAUCCACAUCGUCCAUGUCACGUUCAACUAUGACUACACCUUCUCAAGGUUCAACUAUGACUACACCUUCUUCUCAAGAUAGAUUGAUCGUCAGCCGUCUGGAUUCAAAUGGCGAUCAAGCGAUUCAUAUGGUAAAAAGGAACUUCUUCACGUACCAGGACAAACAUUGUGGUUAUACCGUGAAACAGUGGAGGACUGGGUUUUCUAUCAAAAAAAUUCGUUGUAUUCGUGAUGUCAAGAACGAAGAAGAUAGAAAUUCGUAUACAGUAGGGUUGAAACCUGAAGGCAAUGAUAAUAAUGCGAAGGUUGUAAAUCUCGAAGAAAAUAAGUAUCGUUUCCAAAAGGAAGAACGUGCUAGAAGAAGAAGCAGGCAGAGCAGGCCGAUCAAUCAAGACUUUGUGAACUUCGUAAAAAAACGGAAUUUCCCGACGUACGGGUUGGACAAACUGAGAAAUAGCGCCAAUCUGAUCAAUCCGCAUAUCGCUGCCUCUGACGUUCUUCAAAAGGUGGAGAUCGACAUUACGGAAAAAGGUACUGAAGCUGCAGCUGUGACUAGUGUCACAAUAGAGCGUGAUGCAAGUCAGAAGAGGCUUAUAGCGAACCGACCUUUCAUCUUUUUCAUCAGGCACGAAUCAACAAGGCUCGUGCUCUUUUGGGGCACGAUAAAUGUUCCAACUCCGAAUUAUCCUGCCACAUAAUCUGAAACACGAAUAUUUCUUAGAAAUAUUAAAGUGAUGAAGAUGAACAUUUAUUAGCUUUCUUUUUGAAUUGAUACAGCUUAUCCUCGAUGUGAUCCUCGACCGUGUUCACAUUUCGUUUCAUGAAUACUGUUGGUCGUGCGGGUGAUUAUCAUUUUUGAAUGAGUAAUCUCGUUUCGAAUAAGGCUCGGUUGAAGGACACUUUUUCCUUUGCACGUGGCGAGAACUUGAUACAAAUAUUCAUGCUUGAUUUAUUUAUUCAAUUUUCCUUGGAUUUUCACCUUUUUAGGUUACAGCUGUGUACGUUAUUAUGAAAACAGCCCACUUACAGCAAUUUUAUAUAUGCUAAAUCUGUAUUUCCUAAUGGAAUAGUAUUUUCUCGCAAUUAAUAUUAUUGCAU